AACCAUCAGCAUAGAAUAUAGGUUAGCGUUUUCUGUGAGUUAAUUAAUUAAUCUUCAUUACAGAACGGUCACUGCAGCACGCACAAGGUGUCCAGUCAGCUACCAGUAUGUUACGAUUGACCCUUGCUGUAGCCCUUCUGGGGUGUGUGACGGCGUUCCCAAACUUCAGGGACGAGAUCCCUAAUGGACACAACGUCCCCAUACCCUGCAAGCCAACUGAGAAGUGGCCGGGGGUUGGUCACUUCAACUUCUACGGCACCAGGGCACAAAACCAGUUUGGACUGGACUUCAAGGCGGCAGGAAAUAAAUGGACCAAAGAGCUCUGUCAAAAAGAUUCCGACAACGACGGGGUGACCAACGGAAACGAACUGGGUGACCCCGAUUGUAUCUGGACGCCAGGAAAGGAACCCACUCGACGUGACCAAAUCACACAUCCGGGUAUCUGUGACCCCUGGUACUCGCCCACAUGUUUCAGCACGGUGCUACCUAGCCAGCUCUACAAGACCCAGGAGGAUUGGAUGAGGGUCGUCUGCAUAGGUGACCCGAGAAUCGCCUGACCUCCAAGGCGGCUGACCCCAGUGGCGACUGACCCCAGUGGCAACUGACCCCAGUAGUCUAGUAAGAGGUGGCUGGGCGCUAAGACCUCUGGCGUUGAGGGGUCCACGCAUUUUCUCUUAUUAACGAUAGUAAAAAAAUACUUUUCCUAACAAUUUCUUGUUGCUUUUUUUACAUGUUGAAUACAUGUCGUAAUGUUCAAA